GCUGACAGUCGAAAUUCCGUUGAGAGCGAAGCUGGCAAAAAGUAAAAGUGAAAAUCAGGCCCUUGAAAUUUGUUCAUCAAUUAUGCAUUGAUUACAACGAGCGAGUAAAUUGAAUUGUUUUGUGAGCGCGUUAAACGGAAAGUGUAUUUUGAAAAGAUAACAGAGUGCCAGUUAGACGUAUAUUUAUUUUUCAUUCUGUUCCGUAAUCCAUAAUUGCGAGAAAGCACUCGAGCGCACCCACCCACACCACACACCGUAUAUAUACACACACAGUUGUGGGUGUACCGCCACCAUUACCACCACCACUUUGCCCUUGGCCCCACGGACCCAAGAAGCUUCGUUCGAUUUUUCACAACAGCUAGUGAAAACGCCAGUGGAGGAACCCUGAGAACCACGAGAAACGCGAGAACCGUAGACCUAUUAUCACCAUGGACAUGCUCAACCAGAUACUCAGCAUCAAUAACGGUGGCGCCUACGGGGGCGGGAAGGCUGGCGGCGCCUUCGACCCACUCACGUUCGCCAUGAAGCCCCAAGUUGUCAUCAGGGCCCUCUGCUGGCUCUUCUCGGUGGUGGUCUUCGGGUGCAUAUCCUCGGAAGGGUGGACGGAGAAGGAUGGCAAGGAGUACUGCCUUUAUAAUGGCGACGGCAUGGCCUGCAAAUAUGGCAACAUGGUGGGCGUCUUUGGUUUUCUGGCCUCCAUGGGCUUCAUGGGCGGCGAGUUCCUGUUCGAACGGAUGUCGUCGGUGAAGAGUAGAAAGCGUUACGUCAUGGCCGAUAUGGGUUUCUCGGCCCUCUGGACCUUCAUGUACUUUGUGGCCUUCCUUUAUUUGUGGUCCCAAUGGAGCUCAUCGCCCCCACCACCACUGGGAAUCGGGGCUGGCAGCAUGAAGACCGCCAUUUGGUUCUGUCUCUUUUCAAUUGCCAGCUGGGCCCUUUGCGCUCUGAUGGCCUACAAACGUUUCCUGAUCGGCGCCGGCGAUGAAUUUACCUCGGCCUUUGAGACGGACCCGGCCAAUGUGGUUCAUCAGCAGGCCUACGGGUACUCCAUGGACAACGAUAACGACCAGUACAGUGCAUCACCAUUUGGCCAGCCCCAGCAGGGUGGCAUGGAGCAACAGCAAUCCGGAAUGGAGUACCAGCAGCCCACCUACUAAGGAAUUAUCCACACUUGCUCCUCCGUUGUCCGCACACACUCACUUCGAUUUUGUAGUGCAACUGGCAAGGUUUUUACACAACUAAACAAACAGCUAAAUACAAGUUGGCUUUACCAUAUACACCGAUGUCGAACAUAUAACAAGAGUAACCGAAACAAUAACAGUUGAUACAAGCGAGCAGCAGCAGCAGCAGCAGCAGCAACAGCAACAGAAACCAAAUCCACGCACUGGCUUUAGCUAUCGGGAGAGUCAGCAGGGGUUAUAUCUGAUACCAGAAUUAUCGGGUAUAUACAUAUAUAGUUUGAAUAACUCGUAAGCUAGCCCUUUAAGUUUGUGCAGGGUGCAGUGUGCAGUUUUUAGUAGUGGAAAUUGGUUGCAAUAUAUUAUACUGAUAUACAACUAGUUAUAUAUCUCAUAUGUAUACAUGCUACCCGCGCUUUCAACGUUGUUAGUUAUUUAGUGUUUACGUGUAUGUACUAAACUAUAUGAUUUUUGAUUUGUGCCAGACCCUGGUCCCCCGAUGAUCAGCUUGUUAAACGAUGGAAAUAGCUUGCAACAGAGGGAAACAUGAUGUUUUUUAGAUAAAUUUACACAAGUGCAGUGCAAAUACAUAGUUGAAACAUAAAGAAGCAAUUCGGCCACCGGAAGAACAGAACAAAACCACUGCUCAAACCACAUAUCCAAUUUACCAUCUGGAACAAAAACCCCACUAAAUAGACCUGCGGCCAGGGUCGAAGCUUGGUUAGAUGAGCAGCAACAGCAACCACUACAAUAAACGCCAAAACAAUAUGUAAAUUCUAAACCAUAAGAGAGAUCUUUAAACCGUAGAAUUGUUGUGAGGGAAUUUAGUAUUUGGGAGAUUACUGCAGGUAUAUUACUAGUUAUGGUUCACAAACACGCUGAAAAUGGUAUAUAGGGCUUGUUCAAGGCUUAUUGUUGCCCCUUCCCAACCAAAGAUUUGUAUAGUAACUAUAAAUACCACACCCUCUCAACCCAAAUAAAAAAAAAAAGAGAAAACAAAAUGGAAAUAUACUUAUGUGUAAAAUAUCCAUUAAAGCAUUGUAAAAAGGGGCGGUCACAUCCCUAGGAAAACUGGGUGGGAUGGCUCCUUGGAUAUACUCAAAUAUCAAUGAAUGUAAACAUAUUGAUUACAUAAAUGUUCACUUAGUGCAGCAACUUGCGAUAACCUACAAAUGUAUUUGUUAAAUUAAAUACUAUAUACAUAUAUAUUAUAUAUAUUUACGGAUUGUAUGUGUAAUACGAAGCGCCCUGUUAAAUGCAACAAGGAGAUAGGGAUCUCAGCAAAAAUAUACAAAUAUAAAUUAAUCAUGUAGAGUUCGUGUGCGUUAAAAAAAAGGUAGAGAAAGAAACAAAAAACCAAAUUUACUCAUUUAAAAUAUAAAGAUCGAUAUUAAAAUAGCGAACCCAGCCCGAUAUCGGCUUGAACAUUUGCGAACACUAUUGUAACAGAGAACUCCUCAAACAAGAUUCUCAACUGAAAGCCCCUCAAAUAAAAAUAAAUACAUAUUUUUAAAAACCAA